GGUCUGGUCUGCUGCAACUUGCAACAUUACUCACAAUCUGAAUCUACCUUUUCAAUUUUAGGUGUGAAAUUUAAGAAUUUUCAAGAUGAGCUCAGCCUCUAAAGUCGUUAAGAAACUCCCUCCUGGAUUAUAUGGCACCAUCAAGCAAUGGGCAUACAACACAUCUGGUUUUUGCCAGCUAGGUUUGAAGCACAAUGAUGUGCUGAGGGAGACCCCGGACGUGGAAGAAGCUUUGAGGAGGCUGCCCAAGAAACUGGUUGACGAACGCAACUUCCGCUUGAUCCGGGCUUUCCAGCUGUCCACCAACAAAAUGAUCCUUCCCCGUGAACAGUGGACUAAGUAUGAAGAGGAUGACCACUACCUGGAACCAUACAUUGAAGAAGUCAUCCGUGAAAGAAAGGAGAAGGAAGAGUGGAAUAAGAAGUACUAAGUGAAUAAAUUAGAUUACAUUGUCUAUCUCAAAUUGUAUAUUGUUAAUAAAUAGUUGAUGUGGUAA